ACAUGACGUGGAAUCUCAGUCAUGACAUGCUUGGUCAAUAAAGUAUUGUUUGUCAAAAUCUUCCAAAUCAUACAGGUCAGCCCCCCUAAAAAUAAUGUAUGUCAAAUUGCAAGCAGUAAUUAUGAAUUAGUUGUUAACAAACUAGAAGGAUCAGGACAGUUGUGAACAAAUGUAGCCUAACUGUUGACGCUGGAUAAUUCAAACGUUCGCUGACACAGUAGGACUAUGUUAUUUCACCAUUGCACUGGAAUUUCCCAAACUUAGCAGGAUUGUACUUGACCACAGGUUUACAACAUAAUCCUUUAUAAUAAAGCUUUCACAGGAUCCCACUUCCAGUGUUUACCCCAGUAGACAAAGAAAUGUCACCCCUAGUAUGACAAAGGACAAACAUUUUAUUCAAAGUUGUUGUGUAAAACUUGUGGUCAUAUGAGGUAAACUGCCUUAUCACAACCAAGAAUACAGAGUGAUAGGUAAGGGGCUAGAAAGAGAGAAAAGGGAAGGACCUGGUAAGCCAGGUACCAGAUCUAAUGGCUGACACUUCCAGCCUCCCUCUGCUCAAACACAUCUCCCAGACGAUGAAAAUAAGUAAGCCACGACCACCACAUUGAGGGUGACUGAGGAGGAUACAGACACACAGAACAGAAGGGAUGGGCUAGGCUAGGUGGAGUGGGGGUAGACCGACAGACAGACUUAAUAUGCUAAGAAAGAGAAAAAAAGGUUUGAGUUUGAGGUCACACAUUGUGGUGGUCUGUGACGAAGCCACUUUACCGUAGGUGAACUUCAGGUGAGAUACAGGGGAAGGAUGAGUAUACAGUUCUGUAGGUUCUCGUUUGCUGCUCACAGAGACACAAUGGGCGGGCGGUGGAACAUUGACUGAGGUCAUUGUCACAUUGCGUCAGAGUUGUACUUACUGGAAUAUAGUUGCCAGCAGCAGAAGGUAACAUCCUAGAAAACCAACCUGAAAGAAGUGCAUGAGAAGUUACUUAUCUUCCUUUUACCUGCCCAACAAAGAAACAGCCAUCCUACUUUCUAUACUGAGACCAGAUGGAACCCAUGUCGCUAUCUCCAAACGGGAGCAUUGAGGAAAUGGAGGACGGUCACAUAGCCUACCUAGAUGGGGAGCUGGCACCCAAGGGCCUGCGGCGCAAGAGAGAGUUUAUCCCAAAUGAGAAGAAGGACGCCACCUACUGGGAGAAGCGUCGCAAGAACAACGAGGCGGCCAAGCGGUCGCGGGAGAAGAGGAGGGUGAACGAUUAUGUGCUGGAGAGCCGCCUGGUGACCAUGAGUGAAGAGAACGCCCGGUUGAACACAGAACUGCUGGCCCUCAAACUCCACUUUGGCCUGGUGAGCCCUGCGGCCUACGCUGCCCACCAGAACAGCCUGCUACGGCUCCGCCAUGCGAACACCUAUAGCCCCCAGUCUCCGCCACCCAGCAGCUCAACCCAGUCCCUGGACAGGGAUGUCUACUGGGGCAGGAGUCCCAGCUACAGAGACCCUUCCACCCUGCCCACUUACCACCACCGACCCUCCGUCCUGACUGGGCAACCUGCCCCUGCCCUGAUCCAUCCACAUGCUCUACCAACCAGAAGGGGCUAUCCAUACAUCUUAGACAUGCCCAGUGUCCUCCACCCUGCAAACUCAUCCUCCCUUCUCCUGCCCCCGCUUCUCCCCCCUGCCCUAUCGUCGUGGGCGGGGGUUCCCCUGCUGAGGCCCACCCCUAAGAGAAGGUGUUCAGAUGAGGAGGGGGAACAGCAGGUCCCAGCAGCCUCCUCCAGCGGUGCAUUACCACACAAGCUGAGGCUGAAGACCCCCAGAGCUUCUACUGUCCUUAGGGAUGUCAGAGAUAGGGCCUCCCCCCCACUCCCCACUUAUGUAUCUGACUGACCACACUGCACAGGGCAGACCAACCACAGCGCUGGAACAUUGAUACCAAAGUUAUAGCAAAGACGUUAUGUACAACUUAAAACAGACAUUUGUUUGAUUUUUUAAAAUUAUUGCUUUUGCUUCUCUGCCAUGCUUCUUUAGUGUCCAAGUUAACGGGAUAAAAUCUAUUAUAGCAUACUUCAUACUUUACUGUAAAUCCUGCUUAAUUAGCCAGACUUUAAGUGUUUUAUAGCACUGAGAGACUCCAGUUCACUUACAGUAUGUAUGUAAAACCCAAUAUAAUAAUUUGAUUUUAACUUUUUGGAAUGGAUGGAAUUUAUCUUUUCAAAUUAAUAAAUUCCUCUUAUUGUU